GUCUCAGAGUUCACACAGGAUGAAGCAGCUGAGUUGUGAAACGAGGAGGAAAAGAAGUGGGGGGGAGAACACACCCCCUCUUAGACUUCCAACAAAGAGCCCUUGGACACACAAGCCCCGACACGUUGCUCCCAAUUAUCCCUCCUCUGACACAGCAGCCCCGUGGUUAUUAUCUCGAGAUCAAAGCAAACACUCCAGAGGUAUAAAACCUGCCCUGGCCGAGUCCUGCUUAUUUUGGGAGCUUGCAAGAACCUGGAAAGGAUGAAGGUUCCUCUCCUCCUCCUUGCCGGGCUCGUCCUCGCCCUGUGCACGGACACGGCUUCCUCCUUGACCUGUUUCUCGUGCAAAGACGCGACUUCCAACAUCCACUGUCUCAGCACCACCAAAUGCUCCGACAACGAGAAGUACUGUCUGACCACCUAUUCCACCACGGGAAUGGGCAGUGAAAAGAACCAGCGCAUCACCAAGAAAUGUUCUGCAUAUUGCCCAACCAUCGACCUCAACAUCGGCAUAGCCGGGGUGGCCACCAGCUGCUGCGAGACCUCCCUGUGCAACAUCAGCGGCGCCAGCAGCGUGAAAACCAGCGCCACCAUCAUCGCCCUGGGCCUCCUGGCCAGCCUGGCCUGCAUCCUCAGCAUGGGCUUUUAAAGGCUUUCCCGGGGGGAAACGAGGCCUUGCACGACCAGGGCUCGAGGUGGUACCUGCAGGGUGGGAAUGCCGCCCUGCUUCCCCUGCCCGGGAGGUCACAUCCCGUCAGGAAGCGCUUUUGCUCCGAUGACCACGCCCAAGGGCACUGCCCUACCGCAAAAGGAUAUUUUUGGAAGAGAAAGGCGUGAUGUGGAGCCCACCACGGGCAUCAUCUCUCCUGCUAUUGGCAUUUCUAAAUUAGUGCAGUUUUUCCCCUUUGUUUUAUCCCUCAUGCCAUUUUUUUCCCCUUCAUACCAUUUUCUGCCCCACAUCAUUUUACUCCGAGGAAGCCCUUUAAUAUCAGAGUUGUUAAGCAGCAACUGGGCACAAUAAAGUGUUAUUUUAUCCUC